AAUAUUUGAGCAAGCGCCCACACCUGCCCUCGCGCUCUGUUCCUUUCCUCCUUCGCUUCCGUCCUCAAACUCAACGCACGCGGAUUUUGGUCGCGAUGAUACCGAUGCGGCUCAUCCGGCGGCUGUCUCGGGUGGCGGAUUCGACGUCGCAGGACGCCUCGCCGCCUGCGGCGAAGGGGCGCGCGGGGCGACGGAAGCUCCGGAAGCCGGUGCCCGAGGGGCACGUGCCGAUGUGCGUCGGCGAGGAGAUGGAGCGAUUCUCUGUCCCCGCGGAGGUUCUCGGCCGGCCGGCCUUCCUCGAGCUCCUCCGCCGCUCCGCCCAGGAGUACGGCUACGAGCAGAGCGGCGUGCUCCGGAUCCCCUGCCCCGUUCCGCUCUUCGCUCGACUACUCGUCCUCUCGUCCGCCUCCGACGCCGCGGGCGAAAUUGCUCUGGACGAGCUACUCCGUUCGUUGCCAGAAGACCUCCCGUCGUCUUCACCGGCCGACCCGAGGCUGUAAACUAGGGUUCCGGCGCCUCAUACUGAAAUUAAAUAUAUUUUUCUGUGUCUGUGCCAGUGUACAUAUGCUAUCCUGCGCCUUAAUUAGGCGACGGAGGGCUGUUCGGCGACUUAAUAUUUAUUUUUUUCCUUAA